CCAGUCACAGACCGCCGAGGCCAGGCGCUCGCUGAGCAGACGGUUCCGCGUUGUUUUCCGCAAGAUGGCGGCUGCGAAGGACGGUUGUGGGAUAGAAUUGCCCGCGGGAAACGGACGGCGGCUUCACUUGGGAAUUCCCGAGGCAGUAUUUGUGGAAGAUGUAGAUUCUUUCAUGAAGCAGCCUGGGAAUGAGACUGCAGAUACAGUGCUGAAGAAGCUGGACGAGCAAUACCAGAAGUAUAAGUUUAUGGAGCUCAACCUUGCUCAGAAGAAAAGGAGGCUAAAGGGUCAGAUUCCUGAAAUUAAACAGACUUUGGAAAUUCUCAAAUACAUGCAAAAGAAAAAAGAGUCCACCAGUUCUUUGGAGACCAGAUUCUUACUGGCAGAUAAUCUGUACUGCAAAGCUUCAGUUCCUCCUACUGAUAAAGUGUGUCUGUGGUUAGGGGCUAAUGUAAUGCUUGAGUACGAUAUUGAUGAAGCUCAGGCAUUGUUGGAAAAAAAUUUAUCAACAGCCACAAAGAAUCUUGAUUCUCUUGAGGAAGACCUUGACUUUCUUCGAGAUCAAUUUACUACUACUGAAGUCAAUAUGGCCAGGGUUUAUAAUUGGGAUGUAAAAAGAAGAAACAAAGAUGAUUCUACCAAGAACAAAGUGUAAUGCUGACAAAAAUUUGAUUUGUUUUCCAAAUAUGUUGUUUUAACUGUGUCAACAUUUACCCCUAAAGAUUGAUAUAACUGAUUGAUUUUGAAAAGCUAAAUACCAUUUUAUUUAUAGAAACAAAAUUGAUUUCAAAUAUUGUAUGAAAUCAGCAUUUUUUUCAUAUUUCCCAAAAAUUUUAGCAGCGCUUUCAUCCUUUUAGCUGAAAUGGCCGCAAACUGAGGUGUGGUGGAAGCGGGCACAGUGGAGUGUUUCUGUUGUUGCUGAUGUUACUUUCACUGUGCUUAAUCCGUGUAGGAAGUAGGAGAGGCCAUUUGAGCAACCAAACUUGGUUUUUCUUUAGUACUUGGUGCUGAAAAGAUCUUCUGUUGCAGAUGUCUUCUAUAAGCAGGGUUUGAUUGCUUAACCACUUUGUAACAUGGGAAUUCUGAAAUUUUCAAGAAACUGUUAUUUGCCUUCCUGUACACUCAGAAAGCUAUUGAGACAACACUGUUUAUAACUUCAGAAAGUAUACAGUGUCUUUGUAAUACCAACACGGAAGAUGUUGCUAAUAUGAGACAGUAC